AUGAUCGUACCACGACAAUCCCGUGCCCCGACCGGUACACACCCCUUGCCCGGGUCCCCCCUUCAUAGUCACACCCCCUGCCCCCUCAUGCCAUCCGCUCCCCCCGCCCCUACCCUCCGCGUGCCCGCUCCCUCGCCGCCUCUUUUGACCCUCCCUGCCCCCCUCGCCGUUACCCACCGCUCGCCAUUCGCUCCUCCCCGCCCGUGCCCUCCCCUCGUUUACCUUCGCCUCCCCCCUCCCCUCCUCUCUGCUGCACGCCUCUUCCUUCCCCUCGCUAACCCACUCCACUCCCUGCCCCUCCUCAAUCCGCACCCUGCCCCUCGUUUCUCGCCCCCCUACGCUUGGUUUCUCCCUCCCUGCCCCUCGCCGCCUUUCUCCGCUCCCCACCUCCCCCUCUCCCUGCCCCCCCACUCUCCUCCACUUGCCCUUGGCUUCCCACCUCCCUGCCCCACCUUUCCCCCCUCCGUGUGCUCAGCUUCUCCCCUCCCUGCCUCUCCUCCUCCCCGCCCUGCCCCUCAUUUCCGCCCCCCCGCCCGGUUUCUCCCUCCCUGCACCUCCCUUUCUUUCUCUCCGUGCCUCUCCUUUGCUCCCUCCCUGCCCCCGCCUGCCCAUGCCCCUGUCUUUGGUUUCUCCCCUCCCUGCCCCACGUUUCUUCCCUCCCUGAGAUCACCUUGUACCCCCUCUGCCCCUCCCUUGUUCUCCCCGCACCCAUUGCUUCUCCCCUCCCUGCCCUUGAUUUCCCGCACCCCUGCCCUUGUUUCCUACCAUCCAUGCCCCUCGUUUCCCCUCUUUGUACGUUCACCCUCUUCCCUCCCUGCCCCUCCCUUCCUCCCCCCUGCCCUUUGCUUUCCCCUCGUUACGCUCCCUUCUCCCCAUCCCUGCUGCCCUCUUACCACCAUCAGCCCCCCCUGCCCGUUGCUGCCCCUCCCCUUGCCCCCUCAACUCCCCUGCCCCCCGUACACCCCACUCCCGUCCAACCGCCCCCACCCUCCCCCGGCUGCCCGUUUCCGCUCUCCACCCCCGCGACCGUGUGCGGCUUCCAACCGCCCAACGGUGGUGCGCACGGGGCGUUUCUUCGCGCGGGCAAGCCUCCCCGGGGGCCCCCCACCCCGCUGA